AUGUCAUAACAAUUUUAUAGUAAAUACAGACAUUUAUUUGAAGAUGAAAUGUUUGAUUAAGUCAAGCUUGGAUAUGAUAUGUAAAUGGCACCUCCAUAAUUACAAUAAUAAUAAUAAAUCCCUUAGUUUAAAUUUACUUAGCAACAACCUAAAUUUUAACUACAAUAAUCUCCUAUAAAAUAAGAAUCACCAUUCAAAAUUGGGCAAGUUCAAAAUUAAUACAAAUAACCUUAGGUUUAAUCUUUUUAACCUUCAUCAUAAGAGAGAUCAUCAUUGAGUAGAAAGAAUUUUAAUGAAGAUAGAAUAAGGAAAUAAGUUAUGCAAGACAAUAUAUUUAAAUAAUCUACAUUAGAAUAACGUUAGACAGAUAGAGUGUAUUAAUUAAAUUAACCUCAAUAAAAUUAACAUCAAGAACAACCUUUAUAAGAGAGAAAGUAGUAGCAAUAGACUUAUAAUGUGUUCUAAGAUUAAGACAUUUUAGAUGAUUAUGCUCCUAAGAAAUAAAGAUAAUAAAUUUAGACUACUAAUGACAAUUCAUAAAUAAAUAAUAUUCAUAAAGUAUAUCUCUAAAGAUUGUAAAUUUGAAAUAUAUUCUUAGAAAUGAUCUUGAUUAUAUAAGGAAAAAAUACCUUGAUCCAAAACAAUUGGCUAGAGAUAUUGAUUAAAAUAAUCCUUAUAAAGCUGCUUUGAUGUAGCGUAUUUUAUCUUAGAUGAAUGGAAAUUAAAGAAAGAGUAAAUUGAAAGAAGCUUUAAAAAAUUGA